AUGGAAGACCUUAAUUUUGGUCCUUCACAAGGCGGAGGGUACAGCAGAGGGGCUGCGAGGCUCUCGCAGUGGGCAGUGCCUGCUGCUGCUGCUGCUGCUGCGCCUGCUGCUGCUGCUGCUGCUGCGCCUGCUGCUGCUGCUGCUGCUGCUGAAGGGCAGGCGGAAGCAGCUGCACAGGCCCUGCUAGUCGCAGCUAGGGGGAGCUUUAGUGCUGCAGCGCUGCAGCAAGCAGCCGAGAAGCUGCGCAGUCUUAGCAGCAGCAGCAGCAGCAGCAACAGCAGCAGCAGCAGCAGCAGCAGCAGAGAAGUGCUGCGGCGAAUAGGACCCCAGCUGCUUCCGCGUCCGCCCCUGCUGAGUCCAUCUUGCUGCUGCUUAGCCUGCAGCGCAGCACUGCAGCAAGACUUGCCUAAGCUGGAGGCAGCAGCAGCAGCAGCAGCAGCAGCAGCAGCAGAACUGCCAGGUGCAGAUGCAGCAGCAGCAGCAUGCGCCGAAUUCACCGUGGAGCUUCGGCAGCAUUUGCUUGCUGCCUUCUCUCUCCCUCCCGUUGCUGCUGCUCGUGCUGCUGCUGCUGCUGCAGCAGCAGCAGAGGGGCCUUCCGCCCCAGUGACUUUACGCGCUGAGCUGUGUUGCAGCAGCAGCAGCAGCAGCAGCAGCAGGUGUUGCUGCUGCCGCACUGGCAGCUCUUUGCGGCUAGUGGUUGAUGCAGCUUUGCUGCAGCAGCGGCUUCCUCCUGAACUGCUGCAGCUGCUGCUGCUGCUGCUGAACUUCCCGUUGCUGCUGCCGCGCCUUGCUGAGGCCUACGCAGCAGCAAGCCUGUGCGUCCAGCUGCUGCUGCAGCUGCAUGCUUCCGCGCGUAACGCAGCAGCAGCAGCAGCAGCAGCAGGCGCUGCUGCUGCUGCUGCUGCCAGGCUGCCGUCUGCAGCAGCAGCAGAACUCUUGCUAGAGCCGCACCGGAAGACCUGCAUCUUUGCGUGCAGCUGCGGCAGCAGCAACAGCAGCAGCAGCAGCAGCGGCGGCAGCAACUGCAGCAGCAGCAGCAGCUGCUGCUGCCCUGGUCUCAUUUUGUGGGCAGCUGAGUGGAAGGGCCUUGAAAAGCUGCUGCUGCUGCCUCUCGAUUUUGAAUUCCUCAGAGCAGCAGCAGCAUAUAUGUGCUGCAGCACUUGCUGCGCUGCUGAUGCUGCAGUAGCAGCAGCAGCAGAAUCUGAGCAAGUGCCCGCGGCAACAGCAGCAGCAGCGCCUGCAGCAGCAGCAGCAGCAGCGCCUGCAGCAGCAGCAGCAGCAGCAGCAGAACUGUCGCUGCAGCUGCUGCACAUCGCUCUGACUUCCUGGCUUAUUGGAGCUCCCCUGCUAGCAGCUCUUGCUGCUGCCGGAUCGCAGCAAGAGCUGCUUGCUGCAGCUGAGAUCUUCGUCACUCCUGCUGCUGCUGCUGCUGCUGCUGCUGCUGCUGCACCUAGCGCGCGGCUGCUGGCUAAAGCCUGUAGCCUCUGGAGCCAAGCCAUUCCUGCUGCAGCGGUCUCACUUGAAAGGCAGCAGCAGCAGCAGCAGCAGCAGCGGCUGCAGCAGCUGCUGCAGCUGCUGACGCACCCGCUGCAGCGUCAGGGCCCCAUUCCCCUGCUGUUGGCAGCAGCAGCUACUGCUGCUGCUGCUCCGGCCAGGGCUACGGGGCUGCUGCAGCAGCUGCAGCAGAAAGCAGCAGCAGGCCUUGCUGCAGCAGGAAGGCUUUGUAUAGGCCUCCUUGCUGCUGCUACUCCUCCCGCUGCUUCUUGCGGCCCAAGCAGCAUCCCGGGGCAGCAGCAGCAGCAGCAGCAGCAGCAGCAGCAGCUGGUGCUGCUGCAGCAGCAAUCCCGUGUCCCGCUGGCGCUGUGGCGCCUCGCAGAGGCUGCAGCAGAAGCAGAAAGCGCUUCAGGGGCUAUUCCUGCUUUAGGUUUUGCUGCUGCUGCUGCUGCUGCUGCUGCUGUCCCUGGGCAGCAGCAGCAGCAGCUGUUGCUGCAGCAGCAGGCAACGGGAUAUGGGCGCCUCCCCUCAACUUGCAGCAGCAGCAUUCAACAACAGCUAUGCGGGCUGCUGCUGCAGCAAUGCUCAGAGGCAGCAGCAAGUCUGUGCUGUGUCUGCUGCAGCUCCACACAACACGCUGGGCAGCAGCAACAACAGCAGCGGCCGCAGCAGCAGCAGCAGCAGCAGCAGCAGGCGUCGCUGCUGCACCAUGCAUGCGCACAGACGCGCUUUGCUGCGCAGCUGCUGCUUCGGCUCCUCAACAGCAAAGCAGCUGACAGCUGCUUUAUCUUUCAAUGCUUUAAUGAUCAGCAGCAGCAGCAGCAGCUACAGCAGCAGCAGCAGUUACAGCAGCAGCAGCAGCAGCAGCAGCCCUGCGGCCCGCUAUACGACAUUGCUGCAUAUUUGUUUCGGCUCACAGAGGCACUUGAGGAGCUUGCGACUCAGCAGCAGCAGCAGCAGCAGCAGCGCCAGCAGCAGCAGCAGCAUAAGCUUCAGCAGCAGCAGCAGCCUCCCUGUUUGCCUCCUCGGGCAUCUCAUUUGCUGCUUGACCCUCUUGCUGCUGCUGCAGUUAAGGAAGCAGCAAAAAGUGUUGCUGCAUUCAUCGCAGCAGCUGCAAGAGCUGCUCCUUAUGAUGGUUUGCUGAGGCUGCGCGAGGCCUUAGUUGCUGCUGCUGCUGCUGCUCCUGCUGCUGCUGCUGCUGCUGAGUGCAGCAAGGCAGCAGCUGUCACUCUCUUCUUGAAUUUGGUCAUAGCAGCAGCAGAGGACGCUCCCGGGGCAGCCACGGGACAAGCAGCAGCAGCAGCAGCUGCUGCUGCAGCUGCUGCUAAUGCUGCUGCUGCACCGACAGCGCCUCGCGCUGCUGCUCUGCUGCAAAAUGAGCAGCAGCAAAACGGGCAGCAGCAAAACGGGCAGCAGCACAAGCUGCAGCAACUGCUGCUGCGGCAUUCCCAGUUGCUGCUGCAGCAAAAGGCGUUGCGUGCAAUCGAAGACACCUGCCACGAGUUCCCCUUUGCCACCUGCGCCUUAGGCAGCUCCUCCCCCUCUGCUGCUGCUGCUGCUGCUGCUGCUGCUGCUGCUGCUGCGCAGCCGCGGCAGCAGCUGAACCUGCAGCAAGCGCCACAGCAAAUCUGGCAGGGGGAGCUCACGUCGCUGCGACUGGAAGCUGUGGCACUGUGGUUUGCUUCUGCUGCUGCUGCUGCAGCACUUGAGAGCAGCAGCAGCAGCAGCAGCACAAUGCCCGACAGGCGCAGGACUGAGCCUGUCGCUGCUGCUGUUGCUGAAGGAGAGAGGCAGCUGCUGCAGCGGCUGCUGCUGUGGUGCUGCAGCAGCCAUCCUGCUCUUUCUUGCUUAGGCAGCCGCUGCUGCACUCUGCUAGCGUCCGUAGCUUCAGGCUGCUGGCCCCUGCAGCAGCAGCAGCAGCAGCAGCAGCAGCAGUGGCAGCAGGACUCACAGCAGCACUCACAGUUACAGCAGCAGCAGCAGCAGCAGCAACUGCGGGCUGCAGCUGCGCAUGUCUGCGCUUUGCUGUUUGCUGUCGCGAGCCACAGCAAGGCGCCAGGCUGUGGGCGCCCUUCGGUAGCAGCAGCAGCAGCAGCAGCAGCAGCAGCAGCACCGGCAGAUGAUAGGUUGCUGCAGCUAUGUGCUGGAGCAGAGCUUCAGCUUGAGCCCACUGUGCAGCAGCAGCGGCUCUUCCGCUGCUUUGCUGCUGCAGCUCACCAGGCUGUUGUCUUGGAGUACGCACAGCAGCAGCAGCAGCAGCAGCAGCAGCAGCAGCAGCAGCAGCAACUGGCUGCUGGCGGAUUUGCCCAGGAACUGCUGCUGCUGCCUCUAGAAUACGGCAGUGCCCUGCUGAGACGGCUUUCCUUGGACGAGCCUAGCAGCAGCAGCAGCAGCAACAACAGCAACAGCAGCAGCAGCAGCAGCAGCAGCAGCAGCAGCAUGCAACCCGUUUCAGUGCCCAUGUGGCUCAGCAUGCUGUCCCCCAUGUCUGCUGCUGUGCUUCAGUUUCGCGUGUGGCCACGCCCGCCCACAGCAGCAGCAGCAGCAGCAGCAGCAGCAGCAGCAGCAGCAGCAGCAGACACGCUGGAAAACCACUGCCGCCUUAUUUUGGAGGCUUUGCUUGAUGUGACACAAAAGACAACAGCAGAAAGUUUAAAGACGGGGAGGCCGUUGGCGCUGCUGCUGCAGGAGCAUUCUGCUGCUGCCGUUUGCGAACUCUCGCAAUUUAUAGAGCAUUAUAUCUGCAGCUGCAGCAGGGAGAUGGCUGCUGCUGCUCCCCGUCUCUUCUCCUGCGCCAUUGCCUUGUCUUGCUGCUGCUGCCCGCCUUUCCCUGUGCAGCAGCCGCAGCAGCAGCAGCAGCUGCUGCUGCAGCAGGAAGCAGCAGCAGCAGUUGCGCGGCUGCAGCAAGUUGUGCAGUCCGCGCUGCCGCACAUGCUGCAGCUUCACACGGCGAGAACUGCAGCAGCACUUGUAAAGGAAUUAGAAAGGGGAGCUCCGCCCCACAUCACUGAAGGUAUCUCUGCAGCACUGCAGCAGCGGCAGAGAAAGAGCUGCGUGCUGCAGCUGCUGCAUGCGCUGCAGCAGCAGCAGCAGCCGCUGCUGCUGCUAAGCCCGUCGCAGCAGCAGCACGUUGCCCACCUCCUCAAGGCCUCCCACAUGCUAGGCAGCAAAAAUAUGGGGAAGUGCUGCGGGCCUCGCCGGCUGCGCCCUUUUGCUGCAGAAGCAGCAGCAGCAGAAAGAGCAGCAGCAGCAGCAGCAGCACCAGAAGCCGAGCUUCUGCUUGGAGCCGACUCAGCAGCAAAAGGCUGCAGUGUCGCAGCGUCCGUUGUUUCCCAGCGGCUGCUGCUGCUGCUGCAGCUGGCGCCUUCUGCUGCUGCCUCCCGAGAACUUGCAGAUUGCCUUGCACUGCUUCGCUUGGGCUAA